AUGACGCACGAAGUUCUCGAGAAGCUCUAUGAAAAAAUCGACAAGGAACUUGGAGAGGAUCAUGUUCAGAAUCUGGUCAAAAAUUUGAUGGCAACUGAGAAUCAAGAAGAAACAUUACAAAACUUGAUAGAAUUGCACAAGCAGUGUUGCUCGGUGUUUCUCAAUACUUCUUCCACUUCAACUACACGUAAUCGUCCCGCCUCGACAAAAAAGAAAAUUAUGAAAAAAUAA